AUGGUAUUAUUACUCUACGUUGAUGAUAUCAUUCUUACGGGUUCUUCUUCAUCCCUUAUUCAAAGUUUUACAACAAGUUUGCAUGAUGAAUUUGCAAUGAAGGAUCUUGGACCACUUCACUAUUUCUUAGGAGUUCAUGUCUCUUCAAUGCCGACUGGUCUUUUUCUGCAACAAACCAAGUAUGCAAUAGAUAUUUUAGAACGUGGAGGAAUGCACGAGUCCAAGCCCAUCAACACUCUUAUGUGCACGAAGACCAAACCUGAUCCUGAUUAUCCAUUACAUCCUGAUCCUUAUCUCUAUCUCUCUCUCGUUGGUGCUCUUCAAUAUCUUACAUUGACACGUCUAGAUCUUUCGUACAGAAUCAACUUCAUAUCUCAGUUCAUGCAUGCACCUACAGAGGCUCAUUUUAGUAUAGUCAGAAGAAUAUUACGCUACGUCAAAGGAAUCAUUCAUCUUGGUCUUCACAUUCAAGCUUCCAGCUCUCUUGAUCUCUAUGGCUUCUCGGAUUCAGACUGGGCUGGUUGCCCCCUUACAAGAAGAUCAACUGCAGGGUAUUGCACCUUUUUAGGCAGUAACAUCAUCUCUUGGUGUGCAAAAAAACAGCCUACAAUUGCUCGUUCAAGUUUGGAAGCAGAGUAUCGUGCUCUUGCUCAAGCUGCUGCAGAAAUUACUUGGAUCAUGUUUUUACUUCGAGAUCUUCUUGUCCCUCUGCAUAAUCCUCCUAUCUUGUUCUGUGAUAAUAUGAGCUCUUUGUUUAUGACAGUGAAUCCCGUCUUUCAUGCUAGGAGCAAACAUAUCGAGCUCGACUAUCAUUACAUUCGUGAACGUGUUUCUCUUGGCUUACUGGGAAAAGAAAACCCCUCAGAUAUUAUUCCACCUCAGGCUUUCCACAUAUGCACAAUUAUGUACACAAGUGGCACAAGUGGAGAUCCUAAAGGUGUUGCUGCAUUAUUGACACAUGAAAACACUGCAUAUUUUAUAAGAGGGAUGGAUCUUUUUAUGGAACAAUUUGAAGACAAGUACGAAGAUUGUUGA